AUGGACACGCUUGGCGCCGUCGUGCACAAGGAGUUCUCCUACAUACACAUCCCCUGCGACAUCAACAGCCCGGUCAAGGUGCUGCGAUUCCAGGGGACGGAAGACAGCUUCCGCGAAGAAAUCAACAAGCAUUUCACACGCGAUUCCCUGCUACCAGAGGAGCGCCAGGGAUUUGAGAAGUACCUCAAGGAGCAGCUCAAGGACACCCAGGAGAAGGCAGGGGUUGAUGAAAAGUCAAAAAUCGACCUCACCGAAGAUCUGCUAAAAACCUCAAUUGAUGCUGCUGGGUCAACGUACCAGAUUAUACCGUUGACUCUGCCAACCAAGAAAAACGGGUUCAUCGCCAUUAACUGCUACAUCGACAGCAUCGGCCGUGUGAAGAAUCUGCCUACAAAUGCAAGAGCAACUAAGCUCUGUUCAACUGACAUUAGAGGCGAAUGCUUCAUGUCAAAGACAUUUGACGACGAGGACAUUUUCAAAAGGGUCGACAUGACUAUGGAGGAAUAUGGUGAAUUAUUCGAAAAUCCGCCAGAUCCUACAGGAAGAUGGGACAGCUCGCAAGCGCUGUCCAAUAUGCUGAACCCACAAUCAGCCAGCGCGCUUACUGCUUUGUCGCCUGCAAAGGAGGAGCCAAUGAAGCAUUGUGAAAACUGCAAAAAGGAGGAGACAAAACAGGAACCACUGAAAAUAUGCUCCCGGUGCAAAAAGGUCAAGUACUGCUCAGUGGAGUGCCAAAAGGAGGACUGGAGGUUCCAUAAGCGUAUUUGUAACGCAGCAUAA